CUUAUGGGCAUGGAUCAGAGAUAGCAUCGAUAUGCUUCGUUGAUAUCCUUUCCUUAAAGAUGUAUGUCAAUAACCCGCUUCAUACAUCACUAAUAUCAGAUUUCACGUUAAAUACAAUCAAUUCGACCUUCGACCUUUAUAAACAAGGAAUGAAGUAUAAAAAUUUAAGGGCGUUUUCAAGCACUUCAACUUCAAUUGAUAGAUUGAUAAAUAAACUGGUUAGUUAA